UGGCUGUAGGCGAUUAAAAAUUCUUUUUUACAAAAUUCAGCUGAAACCCUAGUCUUAGACACCUUUUUCUGGGUCUCGGAAUGAUAUUUUCAUGGUUGGAAGCGAUCAAGUCUUCCUACUCGAUCCGGUGGAGUUUUUUCGACUUGGCUAUUAUUUAUUGAGCAAAAAGUGGCCAUGGCUGAGCGCGAAAUCGUUGUUCAAGUUCUUGGGAUUAUUUUAAUCACGAUUUCUAGUAAUAUCAUCGUUGAAGGCAAAGGUUGUAACAACACCACCCAGGGGCCCUUCAAGUGCAAAUGCCCCUGUGCACCAAUGCGCUUGUCAAAAUGUUUUUUACCUAGAGACAACCRUAAGAAUGUAGAGGCUCUGUGUGUUUGCCGCAAAGGCCAUCAAGGGGUCUUCUGCGACCAGUGUCAAAACGGCUGGUACCAAAAUGGAAAUUUUUCAGAUCCAAAAAACUUCUGUGUUCCUUGUAACUGUAGUGAGAACUUAAACCUUAAAAAGACAAACAGCUGUGAUCCAUUUACUGGAGAAUGCCUGCACUGCCUACCUCAUACCAGGGGAGAACACUGUGAAUUUUGUGCACAUGGUUACCAUGGUGAUGCUGUUGGUGAGAGGAACUGUACUGCACUUGGUGGUGCAUAUGCAGGCAAUCAACAAGGAACAAAGCAUAUCAACAAAGAUGUAAUAAUCAUAGCAACAUGCUCUUCAAUAGGAGUGGUAUGUCUGGUCGCCAUUAUUUACCUAUUAUAUCAUCGCCACAAAACCCAUGGCUUCAAAAACGGGCGUAUUCCUAAAUUCUGGACAGUUGAGCUUACAAAUCGGAAUUACAAUGACUUGGAUUUUUCUUUACUCGAUUCAGUGAGUGAUACGCCAUUUGUGUAUCGUAAUGACGCUAGUGACUUUGAAGAGGCCUUGAUAGCUGACGAGGGGUCAAAAGCCAGGUUAAAAAUUGGUAUGGACACAUCUUUUGCAGAAAACUUCAAUACUUCUUUUUGAUACAUAUAAAUUAGUUUUAGCCUCUUGCUGUAGCGUGUCAGUCUGUAGUAUGUGUUGACUGGGUUGGUUUGGGUUUAAAUAUCAAGUUGAUAGUAAUAUUGGUUUACAUAUUUUUUUAUAUAAAAUAUUUGCAUGUAUA